CUGGCCUUGGGACUAGCAGCCCAAGGCACACCCCACGAUGCCCCCAGCGUUCUCUCCAGGGCCUGGAAAACAGGGAUUGGCACAUUUUGGUCAGAUUCACCGUGCUCUGCAGCUAUAUUUAUCUAGUCUUUAUCCGUCUCCUAUCACCUCACUCGCACAUGGAGUUAAAGAGUCUGCGUGGGUGUUUGUUCCUGAGUUAGGAGCCCAUGUGACUGUGUCCUAUUUAUAAAUGUGUACAGUUUGGUGAGGACAGGGCCCAGGACUGCCUCGGCUUCUCGGGUGAUCUCUGCUUGGACUGGGGCUCAGGAUGACGGGAUCCCAUCCAGAGCCAUCAGAGAGAGGGACAGGGACACUGAACGCGUUGUGGCCAUCAGCCAAGCUGUUCCCUCUGCCCUUCCGGAACUUUAAGAUCAUCUACCGACGCUACGCCGGCCUCUACUUCUGCAUUUGUGUGGACGUCAAUGACAACAACCUGGCCUACCUGGAGGCCAUCCACAACUUCGUGGAGGUCUUAAACGAGUAUUUCCACAAUGUCUGCGAGCUAGACUUGGUGUUCAACUUCUAUAAGGUUUACACGGUUGUGGACGAGAUGUUCCUGGCCGGCGAGAUCCGAGAGACCAGCCAGACCAAGGUGCUGAAGCAGCUGCUGAUGCUGCAGUCGCUGGAGUGAGGGGAGGGCCGCCCCCUGCCUCCCCGUCCACUCUCGCUCCCUCCCCCUUGCCAGGCCUGGCGCCCACCCCAGCCACCCCUCCCCCAGCUGCCCAGGAGGAAGGGACCCAGCUGGGUCUGGGACACUGGGGAGGAUGCUGCCUGCUCCCCACUCCCCUCUGGGUCCCCAGUGUGAUCGGAGGCCACCUCGAGUGUACUGAGUAACUGUGCUGUGAUCGUGUGUGUGUGUGUGUGUGUGUGUGUGUGUGUGUGUGUGUGUAGCCCCCAAUAAACCUGUGACCCCUA